UUUUUUGUUCAUUUUCUGAAAAAAAAAAAAUGAGCGAAAUAAAUAUAGCAGAAGAUAUGGAAACACAAAAUACAACAGACACUAUUUCAAUUAAACAAGAAAAUUCGCUGGAACAAACGAAUUUAGAAGAUAAAGAAUGGGAUGCAGACAUGGAAUUAGCAUUGUUGAAUGCCAUUUCGCGUUGUAAACCAGUUGGUACACUAUUUCUUUAUUAUAUUUUGUAUUUGUGUAAACACUCAUAAAUAAUAAUCAGGAAUUCAUAAACAUUUCCGAAUCAUUAGCAUUCAAAAACAAUUUAAUCAACAUAGUCCAAUACCAUGUUCAAUAAAAGAUAUUUGUCAAAAGUUAAGCGAAUUUUAUGGCAUGGAUGCUUUAGAUGAACUUGAAGAAGAAGAUGAAGAACAAGAGGUAGAAGAGCAAGAAAAAAAAAAGGGAAAUAUACAUGAAUUUUCAUUACCACUUGAAGAUUAUGAACAAUUAAUAUCCGAGCAUAGACAAGAUGACCAAUCGAUAUCAUCUGUUCAUGAAGAAAGUACAUCACCUACCUUACCUCCUGCUAAACGCACGCGAACAAAAAGAGAUUCUUCUCCAGCAAAUUCUGUUGCUGAUUCAGUGACUUCUACUCCUGAGCCAGAUGAAAAUAAAUCAGCAAGAAGAACAUCAAGGGGUACAAGAAAGUCAGAAGCUACACCCGAACCAAACUUAAGAAGUAGUGGGCGUAGAGCAGGAAGAUCAUCUAGUACUACAUCAACUGUAACUCGAGGAAAUAAAAGACAAACUAGUAAACGUAAAUAAACAUGUGAAGCUCGAAUAUAUCGCCUUCAAAAAGGGAAAAUGCCGUUUUAUUAUUAUUAUUAUCAUAAGCUAUUAACAUCAUUGGCUGAUCCAAUCAUUAUGUAGUACACUGUUAUUGAGCUACAUUUGACUUCAUAUGAAUUCAUACCUGUGGCCAUCAAAAAGCAGCAGGUAUAUUAAAAGUAGAAUAUGACUUUAUCUUUCCAAAAAUAUAUAUAUAUAUAUAUA